AUGGCAACUGCUCGACGACAUUGUUCAUCAAUGGAUAUACAAACCAUCACCACUGACCUUCUCAACACCAUCUUCAACCAGGAUGAUUCUGCUCUUGAUGCUUGGAACAGGUUGGAACGUCUUUCUCAAGGAAGUAAGUCUACUAGGGCUCUCCAUCUUGACACUCUAUUUACCACCACCAAGAUCGAUCUGUUUUCCGGUGUGAAGCCAUACUGCAGCCGCAUAAAGUUGUUGUCCGAUCACCUUCGCAGUGUUGGAGCCCUUGUGUCGAAUGACCGCAUGGUCCUCCUUCUUCUUCAAGGUCUUUCUGCAGACUAUAAAUCCUUUCGCACAAAUGUGCAGCACUGCGUGCCUCUCCCACCCUUUGAAGAGGUCCGGUCUAUGUUGGAGUUUGAGGAGGACUCUCUCACCAACGACGGAAUUUCUGGUACACCUUUUGAAACUGCUUUCUUUUAUUCUAAUAGUAAUGAUUCUGUUAGUCAUGAUACUCCACAGGACACCAACAAAAAUCAUCACAACAGAAACAACAAUUCCAAUUACAAAGGGAAAAAGAACAACUGUGGUCGCAGUGGGAACAACCACUGUAACAACAACCGACAUAAUGGUUCCUCUGGUGGUCAAAACCAACAGUCACUGUCCAACGACCAAUAA